AUGUGGUUUGCGACGACGCCUGGGCGGUGCGCCAAAGACCUGCCUGCCGCGCUGCAGGUGUGUUUGAGCUCUGGGCAUCUGGCCCCAGCUCCCCCCGGCCGCCCUGACAGCUCGGCAUUGGCCACCUGGACAGGGGUCCACCGGCCUGCCCAGCCUGCAUGCUCACCUGGGCUGGAGCUGAACGAGUGGACAAGUAUUGGCCCGGCCCUUCGUUCGCCCGCAGACACAUUCACCCAACGACCGCCCGUGCAGCCCUUGUCUCAGAGGUCGCAUGCCGAGUACGUGUCCAUUGGUUUCGUUCUCUCUGGCGGUGCUCUGCCUUUCCGGCGAUUUGUUGCUUCGAGCCGCUGCGAACUGAAGCUUCACAAGCAGAUCCAUUUGCUCUCAAUCACGGAGGAAGUCCUACAGGAAUCCAUCGAUGCUCGCACUGAGUCCCUCGUCUCCCUCCGCGAACUUGGUCCUCCAGAUCUUGUCCACCUCUUGAAACAGCAGGCUCGCAACUCUGGCAAACAUAUUGGUGUAUACCACCAUGUGACUGGCGUGGAUGCGUCCUCUUCUGCCAGUUUGGCUGCGUACAUAAACACACUUACCUACAAAGAGCAUGGGCAGGCGCAGACUGCCAAGAUCGUCGAGGGUGUAUACUGCUGCUACAAUGCCUUCUCCAGACUAGACAUGCGCGUCCAUGUCACUAUCCCAGGAACGGUCGAAAGCUAUUGUGUUGAUGAAAGGGGCGAGAAGAGGAAGGCAACAGAUGAUCUGUGGCUGGAAACCUACCUGUGCAGCGUGCUGCGCGCCUACUCCUACGCCGACGAUGGUAGUGGUGACACAAUCAGAAAGGUCAUGGGCGUGCGGCGCUUCAACCCAGUAACGAACACGGAGACUGAACAGCGCUUUCUGGCUGCUGCGGAGCAGUUGUUCUUCAGGGGCUGGCAGCUUGGCUCGGACUCUAUCGUUCAGGUACCGAAUAUUGUCUCGAACCACCUCACUACCGGCCUCCUGAAAUACUUCGAAACCACGGGUCGCUACUCAUCCGGCAUCAAUCUUUUCGAGAAGCUCCGAACCCAAAAUGUGGAGGUUGCGUCACUGUUGGCCAAGGUCUUGUUCAUGGGCAAUGAAGAAGUGGAGGGGGUCCGAGCUUUGCACACAGCUCUCAAAGAAAGACCGAUGGACUAUGUAAUGCUCGACACACAAGCCGAUUUCCUGUUGAAGAAAGCGCAAAAUGCUUCAACUCAGGAUCAAAAGGAGGACCGCCUACGAAUGGCGCUGGGAUGCGCUGACAGGAGCACAAUCGCAGCCCCGAGCGAGUUCGGAACGUGGGCAAGGCUCGCCGAGGUAUACGUCGCCAUGGAAGACUGGGAAAACGCGCUCACGAUCCUGAACUCAUGCCCAAUGUUCACAUACCAGGACAAGGACGCACCUCUGAUGCCAGAACCCAAAGACGUCUACCUUCCAACACUGCCUGAAACAAGGCUCGACGAGAUUGAUAGCGAGCCAGAGUCGAGAUACGCAGAGCAAGUGGAGCCUAGCUUGCUCAACCUGCGCGCUGCCUCGUACCGGGGAACAUUCAAAAAAGCCUACGGGAUCCUGACAGAGAUGACAGCCAAGAUCGGAUGGGAUCAGCUACUUAAAAUUCGGAGCAAUGUGUUUGUUAUGGAGGACGAAUACCGAACUGAGAAGCAGGAUGCCGGGCCCCCCGUCCCAGCGAAGCGUGGACCUAGCACCGACGUCCUUCGUGGGACACCGGAGCCUACCACGAAUGGUGAUCAGUCAGAUGAAGAUGCAUCUGAAACAGACUCGAAGCCAACGGAUACUGAUGCGACUGGUCAGUCGUCGGUAUCGAAUGGGGAUGGUGGGGAUGUAGAGAAGCCAACCGUCGCCGCCGAUCCCGGAGAACCCAAAGUUGAGGAGAACGGCACCGCAACUCAACCAGAAGAGAAUCUAUCCCGCUUGAAUAACAAGCGUCUGUGCGAGCGUUGGUUGGACAGCCUGUUCAUGGUUCUCUACGAGGAUCUGCGCGUUUAUACCAUCUGGCGAACGCAGAUGGCUCAAUACCGCGCUCAAUCCAUGCAAUAUAAGAAGUCUGCCGAAGAAUGGGAGAUACUCGGCUCCCUUGCGCAUCGUCUCCAGCACACCGAGGAGGCUGUCGAGGCCUACCGGGCAUGCCUUUCCCAGCGUUUCAGCCCCAAGGCCCUAACUGGAAUUCUGAAGGUGUUUGAGAAACAGAAGAACACGAGGGAAACUGUGGCAGCGACGAUCCGCCUCGUCACUUGGCAAUACCGUUGGUACAGCGAGUUCAGCCCGGAACUGCUACACACAAUCAGGACGCUCAUCGAGGAUGAGGGCGCUGUGAAGGUGAGGAGUAUCAUCCAAGCGACGAGUCUGCCGCAGAACGUGCUAGACUUGACGCAUCACUACGCGGCUCUGUGCGCCACUUUCAGGAGCAGUGGGACAGAUGGUUAA